AUGGCUGCAGUCAACGAAAUCGAAGCCCUCCUCGAUGAGGCCGCCCGCGACGUAGAGAAGUCACGCGAGCGCCAGGCCAGCGACGAGGCCCGCGACACCGACAGCCGCCGCGACGAUCGCCACCGCGACCGACAUGCAGACCGACAUGACCGCCGUGAUAGGAGCAGGGAUAGGGAGCGUCAUCGUGAGUCUAAUGGUGACCGGCGUAGAAGCCGCGAGCGGCGAAGAGAUGGAAGCCGUCCUCGAUCGACCAAAGGUGCUGACACAGAAGAAGACCGUGAUAGGACCCGUCGCAGCAGCUCGCGCGACCGAUACCGCGGAGGCCGUAGGGACCGUGGAGGCGACUACUACAGCGGUGGCGGACGCGCCCGCUCUCGCUCCCCCCGCCGUGACCGCGGUGACGACAAGUACCGCACCCGCGAUGGCUCUCGAGACCGUCGACGUGGUGGACCCGGUGCUGAGGAGCGCCGAGGCAGCCGCCGCGAGAAGACUGCAGAGCCCGAGGCCACGGAAGAUGACCGCGACAAGCGCACCAUCUUCGUCCAGCAAAUCUCCCAGCGCGCCGAGACACGCCACCUGCGCUCCUUCUUUGAGGCUGUCGGCCCUGUCGUCGAGGCACAGAUUGUCAAGGAUCGAGUCACUGGACGUUCCAAAGGCGUUGGCUACGUUGAGUUCAAGGAGGAAGAGUCUGUCCCCAAAGCUCUGGAACUGACUGGCCAGAAACUGAAAGGUGUUCCCAUCAUUGCGCAGCUCACAGAGGCUGAGAAGAACCGUGCUGCUCGGCCCUCCGAGGGCGGCGCCGCGCCUGGUGCCAACGGUGCCCCCUUCCACCGUCUCUAUGUUGGCAAUAUUCACUUCAGCGUCACCGAGAAGGAUCUCCAGGAGAUCUUCGAGCCCUACGGUGAGCUUGAGCAGGUCAUCCUCCAACGCGACGAGAUGAACCCUGGUCGGUCCAAAGGAUACGGUUUCGUUCAGUUUGUUGACCCUACAAACGCUAAAAAUGCUUUGGCAGAGAUGAAUGGCUUCGAGCUUGCCGGUCGCCAGAUCCGCGUCGGUCUCGGUAACGACAAGUUCACUCCCGAGUCGACUGCCAACCUUCUGCGCACCUUCACCCAGCAGGCUCAGAGCUACCAGGGAUCCGCUUUCAGCGGCGCUGGCGGCCGUGGCGCUUAUGCCGGCGGUGCUGGUGGCGUCUUCGACCGCACUCACAGCAAAGAUGACCGCGGUGUGAGCGGCGCCUCUGCCCUCGACGACACCGAUGUCGCUGGAGUCAACUUCAAGACCUACGACCGAAGCAAGCUAAUGGCAGCUCUAGCCGGCCGCGAUAACCCAGAGCCCACGAAGCAAGGCGCCCAGCCCGUCAUCAACAAGCCUCGCGCUCCUAUCGUCGACAAGCCUAUGGCUUCGAAGUGCGUCAAGAUCGAGAACGCUUUUGAUGCUGACGAGGAACAGAAAGCUUGGGGCGAUAGCUGGGUCAAGGAUCUCGAGGCAGAGGUCAAGGUCGAGUGCGACAAGAAGUAUGGAAAGGUCGUCCACAUCGCCGUCGACCCCAAUACCGAGGGCGACAUCUACGUAAAGUUCGACUCGGUCACCGGCGGCGAGAAGGCUCUCCAGGGUCUCAACGGACGCAGCUUCAACCACCGCACUAUCCGCGCCUCUUACGUUGUCGAUAAGAUCUACAACUCCCUCUGGGGUGCUGCUGCUAGCAGGUUCUAA